AUGGCUCCCAUCAAGGUCGGCAUCAACGGCUUCGGCCGCAUUGGACGUAUCGUCUUCCGCAACGCCAUCGAGCACCCCGAGGUCGAGAUCGUUGCCGUCAACGACCCCUUCAUUGAGACCAAGUACGCUGCCUACAUGCUCAAGUACGACUCCACCCACGGCAUCUUCAACGGCGAGAUCAAGCAGGAGGGCAACGACCUUGUCAUCAACGGCAAGACCGUCAAGUUCUACACCGAGCGUGACCCCGCUGCCAUCCCCUGGAAGGAGACCGGCGCCGAGUACGUCGUCGAGUCCACUGGUGUCUUCACCACCACCGACAAGGCCAAGGCCCAUCUUCAGGGCGGUGCCAAGAAGGUCAUCAUCUCUGCUCCCUCCGCCGAUGCCCCCAUGUACGUGAUGGGUGUCAACGAGAAGUCCUACGACGGCAGCGCCGACGUCAUCUCCAACGCUUCUUGCACCACCAACUGCUUGGCUCCCCUCGCCAAGGUCAUCAACGACAAGUUCGGCAUCGUUGAGGGUCUCAUGACUACCGUCCACUCCUACACUGCUACUCAGAAGACCGUUGACGGUCCCUCCGCCAAGGACUGGCGUGGUGGCCGUACCGCUGCUCAGAACAUCAUUCCCAGCAGCACUGGUGCCGCCAAGGCUGUCGGCAAGGUCAUCCCUGAGCUCAACGGCAAGCUCACCGGCAUGUCCAUGCGUGUUCCCACUGCCAACGUCUCCGUCGUUGACCUGACUGCCCGCAUUGAGAAGGGUGCCAGCUACGACGAGAUCAAGCAGGCCAUCAAGGAGGCCGCUGAGGGUCCCCUCAAGGGCGUCCUGGCCUACACUGAAGACGAUGUCGUCUCCACCGACAUGAUCGGCAACCCCAACUCCUCCAUCUUCGACGCCAAGGCCGGUAUCUCCCUGAACAACAACUUCGUCAAGCUCGUCUCCUGGUACGACAACGAGUGGGGUUACUCCCGCCGUGUCCUCGACCUCCUGGCCCACGUCGCCAAGGUCGAUGCCUCCAAGUAA